AUGUGAGAAGAGUGAGGCUGGAGUGUGCGGAUGGAUGGUAGUAGAAAUCGAGAUCUGCAUCUGUGAGUGAUAGUGAGAAGAGAAUAGAAUAGGAUGUCGUGGAGUCGAUUGGAUUGGUGGAAGCAGCAAUACUACACGACGAGCGGCGUGGUGGUGGGUUACGCCGUGUGCUCGAGCCUCCUAGCCAUCAUCAACAAAUACGCCAUCACAAAAUUCAACUACCCAGGCCUCCUCACGGCGCUCCAGUACCUCACCUCGGCGCUCGGCGUCUACAUUCUCGGAAAACUAGGCUUCCUCCACCACGACCCCUUCUCCCUCCCCACCGCCAAGAAAUUCUUCCCCGCCGCCCUCGUCUUCUACCUCGCCAUCUUCACCAACACCAACCUCCUCCGCCACGCCAACGUCGACACCUUCAUCGUCUUCCGCUCCCUCACCCCCCUCCUCGUCGCCCUCGCCGACACCGCCUUCCGCCACCAGCCCUGCCCCUCCAACCUCACCUUCCUCUCCCUCUUCGUCAUCCUCGCCGGUGCCGUCGGCUACGUCGCCACCGACUCCGCCUUCACCCUCACCGCCUACUCCUGGGCCUUCGCCUACCUCAUCACCAUCACCACCGAGAUGGUCUACAUCAAGCACAUGGUCAUGAAUCUCGGCCUCAACACCUGGGGCUUCGUCUUCUACAACAAUCUCUUAUCCCUCAUGAUCGCCCCUUUCUUCUGGUUCCUCACCGGCGAGAACCACGAGGUUCUCGCCGCGGUUAGAUCCGGUUCCUUCCACUCCGCCGCCUUCUCCGCGGUCUCCUUCUCUUGCUUGUUUGGCUUGCUUAUCAGUUUCUUCGGGUUCGCCGCCAGGAGGGCGGUCUCCGCCACCGCCUUCACCGUCACCGGCGUCGUCAACAAGUUUCUCACCGUGGCCAUCAAUGUGACCAUUUGGGACAAGCAUGCUAGCCCUGUUGGGUUGGUUUGUUUGUUCUUUACCAUUGUUGGAGGGAUUCUUUACCAGCAGUCUGUGACUGGGCCUGGGACUGCUCCGGCCCAGCCCAAACAGUUGGAUAUUGAAAGUAACCACGGCAGUGAUGGUGAUGAUCAUGAUGGAUUGGCAGGGGAGAGUGAAGGGAAGGGUAAAGUUACUUCUAGAUGAGGAUUUUUGUACUAUUUAUUUGUACUCGCUAUUUAUUUCAUGUUUAAGAUGUGCUUUCUGUAUAAUUCAUGUCUUGUUAUCUUAACAACAAUAGGCAAAAAUUUAUGCAAUGUUGAGGUAUUGUUUUCACUUUUCAGAAGGAUAUGAUAUGGAAUUUCAAUUUUGCUUGCGUCC